CAAAAUUCAACUCCCAAUCUCAGUCGGGUCUGUUUUUUCAUUGGGUUUUGCAUUCGAUGUCCAUCGGGCUCACGAAUUUGGCUCUAAUUUUCGUCUGGGUUUUCUUGAUCCAUGUAGAUGUUGCAAAUUUGCGAUUUGGGAGCAGGUCUAGGUCAUGAGAGCAUUGUUUCUACUGAAUUAGCAGGUGUUUGUAACCAAAGUUAUGGGGACUGAAAACCCUAGUCGUCCGAAUUUUACUGCAAGACCUGCCACUGCACCUUUUGCGGCUCCUCCUCAAAACAUGAUGCCUUUUUCAUCUUCAGGUCCCAUGGGUGGACAGGAGGCAUAUGGUUUUAGACCUCCUCCACCUGUCACGCAACAGACACCUUUUUCAUCGUCUGGGCCUGUGGUUGGACCAGAUGCCUCUAACUUCAGACCUACUCCAUCAGUUCCUCCACAGACUAAUGUGCCGUUCUCAUCAUCUGGGUCUGCAGUUGGACCACAAGCCUCUCCUUUUAGGCCUACACUGCCAAGUAGGUUUCAUGAUCCAUCUGUGCCUCCUCCACCAACUUCAAGUGUCCCGCCGAGUGUUGGACCUUACUCCCGUUUCCCAACACCACAAUAUCCACCAGCAGCGCAAGCACCAACUGCACGUGGUCCACCUGUAGGCCAAAUGCCGUUUCAACUUCCUCCUGGUCAAGCACCAUUUCAACGACCACAACAGCAGAUACCUUCUGUGCCAAUGGGACCUCCACCUCAAAGCAUUAAUUCUGCACCACCAAGUGUGAAUGCUUUUCAGUCUCCAUCAGAUUCAUCAUUCCCAGCUUCCCUACCAAAUGCUCAGACAUCUCUUCCUGGAUUUCCCCGUAAGCAGUCUAGUGCAGAUUCACUAGCCCCACCUGCUCAGUCUCCAUUUCUUACUCAUCAAGGAAGCUAUGCAGCUGCUCCACCAGCAGUGUCCUCUCCUUUUGCAGCUCACCAAGGAGGUUAUGCUCCACCUACGCAAGGUGCAGCUCCAUUGGGUAUGUCAAGGGACCACAUGCAACAUCAUGGUUCUGGACCUCCCGUUGGUGCCGUCCAAGCCUUGACAGACGACUUCAGCGCACUAUCUAUUGGAUCUGUUCCCGGAUCAAUUGAACCUGGACUCGACCCUAAAGCUUUGCCAAGGCCUUUGGCUGGUGACGUGGAGCCAACAUCACUUGCUCAGAUGUACCCCAUGAAUUGCAAUCCUAGAUUUCUACGGCUUACAACUGUUGCAAUACCAAGUUCUCAGUCUUUGUCUUCAAGGUGGCAUUUACCUUUGGGAGCAGUUGUUUGUCCACUUGCUGAACCACCUGAUGGGGAGGAAGUUCCAAUUGUUAAUUUUGGUUCGGCCGGCAUUAUUCGCUGUAGAAGAUGUCGGACGUAUGUGAACCCCUAUGUGACAUUUACAGAUGCUGGAAGAAAGUGGCGUUGCAACAUUUGUGCUUUACUUAAUGAUGUCCCUGGGGAUUACUUUGCUCAUUUGGAUGCCAUUGGCAGAAGAAUUGAUUUGGAUCAACGACCUGAGCUUACACAGGGUAGUGUGGAAUUUGUUGCUCCAACUGAAUAUAUGGUCCGGCCUCCUAUGCCGCCACUGUAUUUUUUCCUCAUUGACGUUUCGAUGUCUGCUGUCAGAAGUGGUAUGAUUGAGGUUGUGGCCCAAACUAUCCGGUCAUGCUUGGAUGAGCUUCCUGGCUUCCCCAGAACACAAAUUGGGUUUGCAACUUUUGACAGCACAAUACAUUUUUAUAACAUGAAAUCUUCUUUGACUCAGCCUCAAAUGAUGGUGGUCUCAGAUCUAGAUGAUGUAUUUAUUCCAUUGCCAGAUGAUCUUCUUGUUAAUCUCUCUGAAUCAAGAAGCGUAGUGGAGAGCUUCCUAGAUAGCUUGCCGUCUAUGUUUCAAGACAACGUGAAUGUGGAGUCUGCUUUUGGUCCAGCUCUUAAGGCCUCGCUUAUGCUUAUGAGCAACCUUGGGGGAAAAUUGUUAAUUUUUCAAAAUACACUGCCAUCUCUUGGUGUUGGUCGCUUGAAAUUGCGUGGAGAUGAUCUUCGUGUCUAUGGCUCUGAUAAAGAGCAUCCACUAAGACUACCAGAGGAUCCUUUCUACAAGCAGAUGGCUGCAGAAUUUACCAAGUUCCAGAUAGGGGUGGAUGUAUAUGCCUUCAGUGACAAGUACACGGAUAUAGCUUCAUUAGGUACUCUGGCAAAAUAUACUGGGGGUCAGGUGUAUUAUUACCCAAAUUUUCAAUCUACCAUUCACGGAUAUAAGUUGAAACAUGAAUUAGCAAGAGAUCUUACUAGGGAAACUGCCUGGGAAGCAGUGAUGCGCAUAAGAUGUGGAAAAGGAGUGCGCUUUACGUCUUAUCAUGGGAACUUUAUGCUAAGGUCCACAGACUUAUUAGCACUUCCUGCUGUAGAUUGUGAUAAAGCAUUUGCGAUGCAGUUAUCUCUUGAAGAGACGCUACUGACUAUUCAGACAGUAUAUUUCCAAGUUGCCUUGCUAUACACUGCAUCCUGCGGAGAGAGGCGUAUUAGAGUACAUACAGCAGCAGUACCGGUGGUUACAGAUCUGUCUGAGAUGUAUCGGCAGGCUGAUACUGGUGCCAUUGUCACCUUGCUUUCCAGGCUAGCAAUUGAGAAAACUUUGUCCCAUAAGUUGGAAGAUGCUCGGAACUCUUUGCAGCUAAGAAUUGUCAAAGCCCUCAAAGAAUUUCGAAAUCUCUAUGCUGUACAACACCGCUUAGGAGGGAAGAUGAUAUACUCAGAGUCUCUGAAGUUCUUGCCUUUGUAUGGAUUGGCACUUUGUAAAUCAGCACCUCUUCGUGGGGGGUAUGCAGACGUGUCACUUGAUGAACGUUGUGCGGCAGGGCACACAAUGAUGACCUUACCAGUUAAAAAAUUGUUGAAGCUCCUAUAUCCUAGUUUAAUACGGCUCGAUGAGUAUCUUUUGAAGGCAUCUUCUGAAGCUGAUGACGUCAAAAUCAUAGAGAAUAGGUUACCAUUACUUGGUGAGAGCUUAGAUUUCAGAGGCCUUUAUAUAUUUGAUGAUGGGUUUCGCUAUGUUCUAUGGUUUGGUAGAGUUCUUCCACCUGAUAUAGCUAAGAAUCUACUUGGGCCUGACUUUGCAGCAGAGUUAUCAAAGGUUACCCUUCGUGAGCACGAUAAUGAAAUGUCAAAGAAGCUAAUGAGGAUACUAAAGAAACUUAGAGAAAGUGAUCCGUCAUAUUACCAGUUGUGUCAUCUUGUAAGACAAGGUGAGCAGCCCCGAGAAGGCCAUCUUAUACUCGCCAAUCUUGUCGAGGAGCAGAUGGGUGGAAGCAAUGGUUAUGUUGAUUGGAUAAUACAAGUACACCGGCAAGUCCAGCAAAAUCCGUAAUGUAGAGGAUGUUUACUAAGCCGAUUAGAUGCCUCAUCUGUAGACUGGUUGAGCAUUAUUUACCUGGAAAAAAUAGUGAUGGAGCAUUAUUUUGAAUUCAGCCAAGGGAGCGUCUCUUGCUCUAGAGUCGUGGAUGUCCGAGUUGAAGAAUGGGUGGUUUCCAUGCACAGAUUUUUGGACGAUUCGGUACUUCAUCAUCAUAGGACGGAAUAAUCAAAGGAGAUGUACUGUAGCCAUAUAAUCUCGAGUCGUCGUCGUCGUCUUCGUGUUAGGAAGAAACACGCGUAAAUUUUUUGUAUGUGAUAUCUUUGUUAGCAAUUUCCCUGCUUUGUUAUAAUUCCAUAUUUUUCCCCCUUCGAUCUGAUUGUUUAGUGAGAGGACAUAAGUGGUGUGAUGAGUAACCACCAAGAUUUGUUGGAUUUUGUUGUAUUUUCAAUUUUCCUUGGUCAGAUGUUAAAUUUUGUUGAGAAAUAGUUGCAUAAUACUUCAUUUGUGUUGUUCA